AUGUACAGGAGGGAUAAUGACCGGGAUGGGUUGUUCCAGGUGAUAGAGGUAGGUGGUAUGCAGAACCAAACCAGGCUGGACGGUCUGAAGGCCGACUCCCGCUACUUCAUUGAGGUUCAGGGCUUCAGCUCUGCAGGAUAUGGGCCGCCCAGCGAGCGCCUCCAGAUCCACACCAAGAAAGCCCCUCCAAGCCAACCCCCCGUAAUAACUCAUCAUGAAUUAAAAGGUAAAUCAGUAUACAUUGCCUGGGAAAUUGUGGAACCACUGGCUGACGAGGCAGAGAUAAAUGGUUUCAAAGCGUUGUACAGGCAGCAGGGCCAUUCCUCAGGCACUCUGUACACAACCAGUAAACGGUACAUAGAACUUCCCCUGAUAGGAAAUGGGAGCUACGUGGUGGAGAUCUCGGCACACACAGACGAGGGAGACGGGCCUAAAGCACAAAUCCAAUCCACAGGCGAGAAAGCAGAGUUGGUGAAAAAAAUCAUACAGCUUAAAGAGUCACUGGACAAACAGAAAGACCGGGAAGAUUUUGUUCCAAUACUGAAUGAGGUGAAGACCAAACUGGAAAACAUGAGGCAUCAUCUCAUACUGCACCUGGAAGAGGGGGAGAGGAAGAGGGAAGUGAACAAACUGAAGCUUCAGGCAGUGGAGAAGGAAAUAACAGAGAAAGAGAGGACAUCUGACAAACCGGAGGAAUUAUUAAGAGAAAGGGAACGUUUAUUGCGCGAGCAAUGGAAACUGGACGAGACAAAGAACAAUAAUCAGGGACAGUUACUGAACAUUGAGAGACUGCUGGAGCCAAUAGAGAUUAAGUUUACCUGA